AUAAAGAAAACGACCACAUGGAAGAACAUGUUAUCUUUAUCUCAAUUUCAGUUCUUUUUUAGUUUCUUCAGCUAAAUUUAGUCAAAUCAAAUCAUAAUCGGGAAACAUGGUGGAAAGCAUAUACUAAUUAUACUAACAGUGUCGGUGUCAAUUUCUGUUUCCCAAUUUUUCUUCAGUCAGAAAGAAUGGAUUCAAUUUUAGUUUUUCUGACUUUACAAGUUAAAAGAGCAAUGGGGAAGCUCUUUAUCUUUACUUGCCAUGGAGGAAAAGAGGAGAAGGUUUUGUGAGUGGAAAAGACAAGGGUAGGUAUGAGUGAAAGGAAAGGAGAACCAAUUUGAAUUCACUAAGAUUACAACUUUGGUGUUGGGUGUUGGGUGUUGGUUAUGUUGUGAGGUAACAUCGGUGAUUUGUGAAAGUUAAAGUUUGCAAUUUGAAGAGGAAGGAUGGAAGUAGAUGAACUGGACUACGUGUUGGUGCCUCUGGGUGUGUUGGUUUUGGGAAUCUAUCACGUUUGGCUUCUCUGCACUAUAAUUCGGUACCCAUCUCACACAGUCAUUGGCUUGAAUGCUCAGUCUCGUCAUCAAUGGGUUCUUUCCAUCAUGGCUGAUCCUUUGAAAAACGGGGUUUUGGGAGUUCAAACAAUCCGCAACAAUAUCAUGGCAUCUACCCUUCUUGCUACAACAGCAAUAACUCUUAGUUCACUUAUUGGCGUUUUUGCAAACUAUGAAUCAGAUACAAAACUAGUUUAUGGCAACAAAACUUCCCUUAAUUCUUCAAUCAAACGCCUCUGCAUCUCACUGUGUUUCCUUGUUGCGUUUCUGUGUAAUGUGCAAUCUAUCAGAUACUAUGCACAAGUGAGCUUCUUGAUCACCACACACGCACUGAAAAGCCAAAGAGAUUUUAUAGAAUAUGCUGCAAGAUCCUUAAACCGAGGGAGUUAUUCUUGGUCUCUAGGGUUGCGUGCCUUCUACUUUUCAUUUCCUCUUGUCCUUUGGAUUUAUGGGCCAAUACCUAUGUUUGCUUGUUCCUGUUUCACAUCAUUUAUUUUGUACUUCUUGGACACAACCACUCAAAUCACACGAGAUCUUCACACCAAGUCAUUCAAUAAGAAGGAAACUGGGGACACCACAGAAGCAGCAUAGUUUCAUAAUUCUACUGUCCUUCAACUUGAUAAUCUUUCAGUUCGUGGUAAAGUUCAAUAGUUCAUGUAAUGAUACCAUUGUUGGUUAAUUAUUGUACAAUAGUAUAUUGCAGUAUUCUUUUCCCUGUUUUGGGAGUUCAAAAAUCAAGUAACGGACAGUGCUGGUUUAUUAGUAUAUCUAUCAAUCUUAUGCUUGGUGAAUAAAGAACAUGAACUUGAUUA